AUGCCAUGCCCCGAGCAAAUCAACAUCCGUUAUAUUCAGCGUUGGAGGCUUAUUAAUGAAGUUCCUCAAGAAAACCAACCUGAACAUCCUAAUGAGCCGGUGGAUGAUAUGGAACAAGAGUUCAACCAAGCAGAUGCUGAUUUCAACCAACCUCCUCAAAAUAAUCCUCCGCCUAUUACUCUCGAAGCCAUCGACGGCCUAGAUUGGCAAAACAACGACGAAGGCGUAUGCCUGUUUUUGAUGCCUCGGUUAUCUGGCAAUUGGCGAUGGGGGCUGAAGCCCUGGUGCUUAGUUGAGAUGGUAUGUAGAAACGAUGCUGCGAUUGCUGCUGCAUUGGAGGCUAUGGCGCAGGCUUUGGCAAAUCAGCCAAAUGCUGAUGAGAAUGCAGGAUCUCGCAGUUUAGCAACCUUUCAGAGAGAGAAUCCGCCGGUCUUCAAAGGCAAGCAUGAACCUGAUGGCGCAUUGGAGUGGUUGAAGGAGAUUGAGAGGAUAUUCCGUGUGAUGGACUGCACUCAGGCGCAGAAGGUUUGGUAUGGAACUCAUAUGCUGGCAGUCGAAGCUGAUGACUGGUGGUUAGAGACUCGUCAGAGAUUAGAAGUUACUGGUGAAGAGAUCACUUGGAUUGUUUUCCGUAGAGAGUUUAUGAGGAAGUAUUAUCCUGAAGAUGUUCGGGGUGCUGAGUUUUCGAAGUCCAUCAAGUUUGAGAACGGAUUGCGCUCUGAGAUUAAGAAAGCUGUUGGGUAUCAGAAGAUUCGUAUCUUUCCUAAUCAGUUAAAAAAGGGAAAAGCAGAAGUGGCUAAUGGCAAGAAAACUAGUGGGGGAGGAGCUCUUGCUAGCGUGGUUUGUUUCAAAUGUGGAGAACCUGGUCACAAGAGUGAUGUGUGUACUGCUGGGGAGAAAAGAUGUUUCCGUUGUGGUAUAGGACACGUAACUACUGAUUGUAGGCAUAAAGAAGUUAUCUGUUUCAACUGUGGUGAAGAAGGGCAUAUUAGUAGCCAGUGUCAGAAACCAAAAAGGGAACCAGGCAGUGAAAAAGUGUUCGCUUUAGCUGGAGUUCAGACAACUAAUGAGGACAGGAAUGCCGGAGGUGCGUAUUUCAUUAGUAAUACUUUUAAUUACUAUCGUUGA